UGACUAAAUGUAUAAAAAGAUAGCAUACUUGAAACAAAGUUGAACAAAGUGAAUACGGCCUGCAUUUUAAAAUGAAUUCUUUAACUACUUUAUAUUCUGUGCUGGCGCUGCUUUUUGGAUAUCAGUCCUAUGCGGAGUACCAGGGAAUUCGAGAGAAACGAUUUGUAGCAGACGAUGGGCUGAUCCCAGUGACGAACGGUUGCAAGCAGAUGAUAGACGUAUCUAGUGACGGCAAUAUUUUAUCACCUAAUUUUGGCUUGUCCAACUACCCGUCAGAUUCGAUAUGUACGUGGAUGCUACGAGUUCCCGCUGGCGAAGUAAUACGACUACAGUUUAAUACUUUCAAACUUGAGAACACGAGGCAAUGUUCGAGGGAUUAUUUGCGAAUCUUCGAUGGAAUCGAUGCAUUUGCAACAGUUCUUGGUAAUUUAUGUGGGGACUUUAUUCCCUCUGAUGUCGUAUCAACAGGAAACCAGAUGCUGCUGAUGCUACGAACAGACUCCACCAAUGAAUAUGAAGGAUUCAAUAUAACGUACAUGCAUGAAAAUAAAACAGAGAAUAACAUGUGCGGUAGACCAGCCAUACAACCAAGAGAAGACCACAGAAGACAACAUUCAGCUAUUGGACGGACGGCGUUGCCACAUAGUUGGCCAUGGAUGGUUUCGCUCCGGAUUAAUGGUAGCCACACGUGUGGUGGAGCAAUCAUACAUGAAAAAUGGGUUUUAACAGCAGCUCAUUGUUUUGAACGUAAUCGACAUAUAAUAGAAUGGACAGUAGCAGCGGGCAAAAUCAACAAAGAGAAAGCAGAAAACGUCGAGCAGAUACGCCAUGUGGAAAGAAUUAUUGUUCACUCGAGCUACAUGACUACAGUAAAUGAUAUAGCACUGGUUAAAUUGGAAUCACCGUUUACUUUGAAUAGUUACGUCAGUAUUGUAUGUCUACCAAAAGAAGAACCAAAACAAUAUCAGCAAGGCUACGCUACAGGAUGGGGAGAAGUUUUAGACAAAUGUUGUCCAGGUAAACUUAUGCAGGUCAUGUUACCAAUUAUGCCAAGAAGUUGGUGUAUAAAGACCAAUCAUCUAGGUGAUCAAGUAACCGAGGAAGUGUUCUGCGCUGGUUUUGGAGAACGCGGACUAGACACAUGUCAGGGAAGCAGUGGUGACCCUUUUGUUGUACAAGAGUCGAAUGUUUGGUUUAUUUAUGGAAUUUCAACGUAUGGCUCCCUUUGUGAAGCGGUAAAGUUUCUUGGGGUCUUUACAAAGGUAUUCAGCUAUGUCAACUGGAUCAGGGAGGAAGUCGGAGCUAAUUUUUAGAUAAUAGAGUUUGUGAUCAAACCUUCUGUCUCUACAAAUACUACGUCCAGCUGUAGAAGCAGAAAUAAAGAUUUCUUGAAGCGUUUGAUACACUUACAAAUGCUUUUAACUUUUUAUUCAAUAAAUAAAAUGUUGACUGAUAUUGAUAAGAAAAAAGACGACGAAAUAAGUUGUUUGUAAUUGAAUUGAAAUUUUCAGCGCUUUGUUAUUACAAAU